GCAAAGAAGCCCCUACUUUCGGCGCAAUAUUCGUUACACCUUUGACGGGAUUUCUACCAAAAUACGUCUUUAAGUUUAGGCCGAAAAAUCCAUAUAUUCAGUGGGUUUUCCUCUGUGGGAAACUACCCUAACCGCAUUCUGUUACAGAGGUUUGUCCAGUGAUCCUGCCCCGAAAAGAAGCGAUGCUGGUCACCGUUUUCUGCGCGCCGAGGGAUCGUCCAGAAACCACCUUCGCCCUCGAAGUGUCCCCAGAGCUGGAGCUGAGAGACUUUUUAGCACUUUGUGAACUGGAAUCAGGAAUCCCAGCAGGGGAGAUUCAGAUCACAUACGUAGAACAGCCCCUAAAAGACCUGACUCGUGCCUUGGGGACAUAUGGCGUUAAAGAUGGAGACGUGGUGGUUCUCCGACAAGCUGAUAGACGGCCACCACCGACUCAGCCAGCCUUCCCAGGUCUGCCCCAUAUUGACUUUCGUUCCAUCACAGUCCCGGGCACCUCCUCUUCAACCAGUCAACGUGGUGCCAUAACCCCGCAGCAGCAGCAUGCUCCACAGCAGCAACCGCAGCCAGCGCAGCCAGCGCAGCCACGUGCCGCACAGCCUUCUACGCCAACGGCCUUCCGUGGCUCCUCUCCUCAGGGGCUGGACGACCCCGCCUUACUUCAGCAGAUGCUAUUAUCGAAUCCACAUGAGCUGUCUCUACUCAAGGAGAGAAACCCGCCACUUGCCGAGGCCCUGCUGAGCGGAGACUUGGAGCGUUUCACCAAAGUGCUGCUGGAGCAACAGCAGGAUCGAGCCAAGAGGGAGCAAGAGAGGAUCAGACUUCUGACUGCUGAUCCAUUUGAUUUGGAAGCCCAAGCGAAGAUUGAAGAAGACAUCAGACAACACAAUGUGGAAGAAAACAUGACCAUUGCAAUGGAGGAGGCCCCGGAAAGCUUUGGGCAGGUGGUCAUGCUGUACAUAAACUGUAAAGUCAAUGGCCAUCCUGUGAAAGCUUUUGUUGACUCAGGGGCCCAGAUGACCAUCAUGAGCCAAGCGUGUGCAGAGCGCUGUAACAUUAUGCGACUGGUGGACCGACGCUGGGCGGGGAUCGCCAAAGGAGUGGGCACCCAGAAGAUCAUUGGCAGAGUUCAUUUGGCUCAGGUACAGAUAGAGGGGGACUUCCUUCCUUGUUCUUUCUCCAUUUUGGAGGACCAGCCAAUGGACAUGCUGCUGGGCCUGGACAUGUUGAAGAGACACCAGUGUUCAAUCGACCUGAAGAAGAGUGUGCUGCUAAUAGGCACCACAGGCACUGAAACACGCUUUCUGUCCGAGGCGGAGCUGCCCGAGUGCGCCCGGCUGGCAUACGGAGCAGAGGGGCGUGAAGACGUCCGUCCUGAUGAGAUGGCUGACAGAGAACUGGCAGAGGCACUUCAGAGGUCCAUACAGGAAAGCGACACUGCAGAUGGACAAACUACCUCAUCGCAGCACCCACCAUUUACAUUGCCCAGAACCUUAGACCAAACAUCCUCACCCGUCUCCCCCUCCCACUCCCACUCCCACAGUCCUUCCCCUGGUCCACCACAGAACCCGACUCUGGAUCGCACUCAGUCAGCCCCAGCCACGCUGGAGCAGGCCCCAACAGCAGGACAGUGCCAGGGCCGCCCCGGUGUCCAGGAGCUUCCUCCGCAUUUGUCCCCUGCAGAGAAUGCAGCUCCUGCGCCCGACCACCCCCUCCCCGACCCUCUGCCUCUUUAUAGCAACUCCUCAUUGCCCCCCGAACCGUGUCCCUCAUCAGAUGUCCUCCGUGCGUGUACCCCUCCUGCGGAUAUGACCACCGUAUCCCAGGAUCCAGGGGAUGAUUCACAACCUGCAUCCGCGGAGGGGGUUUCUGAAUCUAAUGAGAACAGCUUCACGCUCCCUCAACCAGAGGAACUUUCCCCCGUCCAACCCAUGGAGCAGGAGGCAACUGAGCCCGACACGGCUGAUGCCACAGAUGUGUGUUUGAGAGCCCCCAGCCAACCCGACUCAGUUGAAAUGGAGUCUCCCACCGGCUCCCACGGCGCGGCGUCCCCCGACAGGGACCAGCCCGAUGGAGAGCGCUGCUCCAGCUCUGACAGCAUCCCCUCGCUGGCGGCCGCUCUGAUGGAGCUCCAUGAACUGCUGGUAUCCAGCAACCGUGCUCAAUCGCAAAACCGCAGCACCUCCUGCUCCCCCUCAGAUCAGUUCAACCAGGACACGGGCAAAACGUCCCCCGAGCCGUUCCCCCCCCCGACGCCCGAAAACACACAUUCUACCCCGUCUACUGCCAUCACAGUCGGUGCAGAACCAUGCGAUGCCAAAGCCAACUAUGCUGCUGCUGUGUCCAAUGAGGAACCAUCUAAGUGUCUUGCGCCCGACUUCUCCGGCCGGGACGAGCAUCUGGGCCGAGAUCCAGCAGAGACUGUGGAGGGACAAUCGCCGCCCCGGCGUCCAGAUAGCUCGGCGGAGAGGAGGGCGGACGGGGCCGGGCGAGACGAGGCCAGCGACAUCAGCGUUUCUCAGCCUGAGCCGGAGCUCCCUCCCGAUCCCGCGGGGGACGUCGAGGAGGUGAGGGAGCCUCCCGAGGGACAGCACGGGAGAGGGGUCGCAGACGGACAAGCCUCUGGCACCAACACCCCGGACGCUCUCGGCGUCCAGACUGAGCACACUUUCCUGAGCCCUUUAUCGAUGGCGGUCGGCUCGCCGGAGGACGUUUCAAGCACGUCGCCCUCCUCCGGUCCUCCUCUCGCUCAGGCCCCCCCGCCCUCACCUCCGGCCCCCCUUCUCCCGUCUCCGCAUCCCUUUAUUGAGCAGUUUCCAGCUGAGGACAUCCAGAGAAUCCAGGCAGCAGGCUUUUCUGCCGGGGAGGCCGCGGAGGCGCUGGAACAAGCCCAUGGGGUUGUGGAGCUAGCUCUGCUGUCACUACUAGCCCGCACUAUCACUGUGCCCACCUAGACUCAUGACCAAUCAUGCGAGUCCCCCCUCCCUCUCCCCCCAGCCUCCCAACUCAGCAUCUGUCUUAUUUAUACCUUGUUACUGAUCCAGAUGUCUCAGUCCCUUUUUAACAGGGAGCACGUAAAAGCCACAGGGAAACGCUGUCUCUUGGUUUGUCUUACAAGUAUAUCCAAGAACAAACCCGGUAAUACUUUUUUCUGGCUAUAACAGAUAUGUGAGGUGUGUUUGCAUGCAGAUGUUUCGGGUGUCCCCCAAUUUCAUUGGUUUUUAGAGAUUUUGGUAUCAUAGAUUAAUGUUUUUCUUCCUUUGUCAUCCGACAUUGACAUAUUAUUAAAUGCCCAAUGUGUGAUUGAUUCUUGAACCAUUGAAAAGUAUUAGAAUUUCCCCGUGGAAAGGUCAUAGAAAGAGAUUGAUGUGUUUAAACGACCGUGGAAAUGACACAACGCAAACGUGAAUAUUGGAAGCAAUUUGCAGAUUUUUAUUUCCUCCCUUUCUAUUAAUAAGCCAGAAUGGAACGAUGGAAAACUGGCAUUGUGGGAACUGAAAAGAAAAAAAAAAGGGUCGAACGUUUUUGAUCAAGUUUACAGAUAAUCUUCGCAGAUAUGUGGAAGUCCCAAAAAUCAGUUAUUACCUUAAAUAUCAAGUGUGUUUGUUGAAGUACGAUCAUUGAUGGCAUUUUCUUUCUUCUUCUUUUUUUUUUGAUUCAGUAUGUCUAUUACAGAAGGUAUCUUGUACUGUACGUAUCAUUCUCUGCAGUUUGAAAGCUUCGCCAUGUGUACAUGACAAAUCUGUUUUUAGCUCCCGUUCAGAGAGUCCUUCAUUCUGUGUCAAAUCACCAGAGCGUGUGUUCAUCCAUUUUCAUUUUGUAAUCUUUUAGAACAUGGCCAUUCACUGCUGUCAAGCGUCUCUGUCAGUACGUCAUAUAUCAAUGAUUUUAAUGGCUUUGUUUGAGUCAUUCACCAACAAUGUUCAGGCAGAUUGAAUUAUUUACUUUUAUCUUGUAUGGAAUUUUAAAUUGCAAAUAAAAAAAAUGGAACUAGUAUUUGUA